AUGCCUCUCAACCAUAAUGACCACUUUGUAGUUAACGCUGCCGACCCGGCUUCCUCACGGCGGCAAAUCAUCGAAUUCAAGUUGUCCGAGGAGGCCCUGGAAGAGAUUCUGAACGGCAACGAAUCCAUCCGAUUGGACUUGAAUCAUGCCAAAUUGCUCGUCGGGAACACGCCGUACGACUUCAACCAUAUGCCAGGGAUCAACAACAUUGAGCUCCUGUCCAUGUUUGCAUUGAAAGCAAAAUCGGCAACGGGAAGACGCGGUCAAUCGCCACCACGCUCAGAGCCUCCAGUGCCGACAGCAACCGCGGCAGCAGCAGCGGCGGCAGCAGCGACAUCAGGAACGAUAGUACCGCUUAGAACACGCAUCAUACAGCUCAUAGCGCAACAUCCUCGUGGGGCAGAAGAGAGGGAGCUCAUGAGGAUGUUGAAAGUCGGCCUGGAGGACUUGCAAUCUAUCCUGUCAUCUGUUGCCAACUACUCUGGGGGACGGUACGUUUUGAGGCCGGAGACGUAUAAGGAAGUCAAGAUUCACGACUGGAAGAACUAUUCGGCCAAGCAGCGGGAUAUUGUGAUCAACAACGCGAUCGCGGCAUUUGAUAUGCUGGGUCUGCCAGCAGACGCACCCGAACGGGAUAUUCUCCGGCCGGAAAUGAUUAAGCGGACAAGUCCACAUCGUGUUGCUGAGGGCAAUCAUGCCGGAAAUAUGGAUACUGGGUCAAAGUGGCGCUCAGGUGGAGGAGGCGCAGGUUCGGAGUCGGAAAGUUUCGAGAACGGCAGGAUACAUCACAGCGGCAGUGGGAGCUCAUUGAAACCUCCAAGCACACAGAAGAGGACCUCAGCCAAGAAGUCGCCCGGGACUACCACGGCAUCAUCCUUAUCGAGCAAGAUCAAGAGUGGAGGCAAAGGCACUGGUAGUUCAAGUACGACCAAGACGAGCCGAAGAGAGAAGGCGGCGGCGGCAGCGGCAAUCAUGGAUUCGGUGCGGAAUCUCAGUGCUGUUGGAUCAUCAACACCUUCAAGCUCCUUGAAGCCGCCGACAGUCGGAGGAACACCAGGGGCGGCAAGCUCGCCCACCAUUGCGGGAAGGAGGCCGUCAGUCAACGGGAAUGGUCUACCGCCGGUUCCAAGACGAGGAUCAGAAGCGAAAAAGUCUGGCGCGAGUAACAAGGAUUCUGGCGGCGUCGGCAAUGGAUACAAGAUUCCUAAAGUCAGCUCUGGGACGAUAGCAAGGAAGCCUCAGAGUCCAAGUUUCACGGUGCCACCGAUUACGACGCAGGCAGAGUAUGAGGAAAUCUCACGGCAGUUCAAGGUGAAAUACAAGGAUAUGCUAUCGCUGCGGGCGCAGAUUGACAAAAAGAAGGAAUUGUUUGACCAACUGGGUGCUGAGCUCGAGCAUGCGGCAGGGACGGAUCGGGAAAUGGAGUUGAAGCGGAAAGUGCAGGAGGCGUUUGGGGAGGAUGUGGUAGACCGCAAGGUGUUGCGUCGGACAGGGGAGCCACGGAAUGGGGUCAGUGCGAAGCGGGCAGCAGAGGCGAUCGCUGAGCAGAACAAUCACCUGAGUCUUCGGACGCUAGUGGAUCGGUACAAGACUCUGCACAACGAGGUGGAUACGAUGAAGCGAGCUCUUUGUGAAGCGGGAGCAGCGCAGGCCGAGCGAACUGGACAGAGUGAGCAUGGUUCUGGCGGGGGAGGCUAA